AUGAUAACAUAUGUUGCUGCUCAACAAACUUGUCAACUGACUGAUCCGGAUAUUCUUGGACCGUACUAUCUUCCUGGUGCACCUACAUCUAAAGAGCAACUUUGCGCCAAUGUACCGGCACAUGAUCGAUUGAUUUUAACUGGACAAGUACUCGAUUACGAAUCGAAAUGUCAACGUGGUGUUCCCAAUGUGAAAUUGGAUUUAUGGCAGGCUAAUUACAAUGGUGUGUAUUCUGGUGGUCAGAAUGCUAAUGAUUGGUGGUGUCGAGGUAUCAUUAAAACGGAUUCCAAUGGCAAAUUUCGUAUUACUACUCUGUUUCCUGGCCGCUACGAUGACGGUGGUUACCGUCCGGCUCACAUUCAUUUCAAGGUUACUGCUGAAGGUUAUCCAACAUUAGUAACCCAAUUGUAUUUCAAUCUUGAUUAUUAUCUCUCACCACGUGAUUCAUGCAAACGCUGUCGUAGCAAUGCCAAAUCGUUGGUGGUAUCAGCCGUACAUCGUGAUGAUAUCAAAACAUUCGAAGACACCAAUCAACAAAGUCGUUUAAUAGUUGCAUUAUGGUAUUUUAUAACAAAAAUAUCGAUGAAUAAAUUAUAUGAUAUAGUUACUUAUUUUCCACCCUGGAAUCAAACACAAUUGUUUACACCGAUUGAUAUUAAUCAAUUUGAGAUGGCAAAAUGUAUAGUUAUUAUUGUUAAUUUACUUAAAUCAAUGACAACUCAUCUACCUGAUCAAUUAUUACAAUUUUUCUAUGAUAUUGCAUUAGAAAUGACGAAAACUGAUGGAUCAUCAAAUAGUGAUAAUCAAUUAAAUCAACAACGUUCAUCAACUACAUUAAGUUAUGUAUCUACUCAAUAUUUAUUUGGUAGUAGUUUAACAGAGGAAUUAGAUUUUUUUUAUUUUACAUCCGUUGCUGCUAAAAAUUCUUUUGAAAUAUAUUUACGUAAACAAAAUGAUGAUCCAGCAUUCAUCGAAGGUAUAGAUAUUAAUUUUAGAACAAAUUUUAUUGAAAUUGAAAUGGAUGCACUUAAUUUAGAUUGA